AUGGGAAAAAACCUCACUUGGCACAGGAAGACUCCAAAGGAUGGUGCAGCUGUUCUCUGCCUGCUGAUUGGCUCCUUCUUUGUUGCUAUGGCAGCAGGAGAAACUCAUUUCCACUGGAACAGCUGGCAGCCAUGGGUUUGCAUGUGCGAUUUGCACAAACAGGCCCGGAUCCGGCACUUUGUGGUGUGGGCUGCGAACAUCACACUCAACCUGAAGGCCUCUGAGUUUUGGCAGGAGAAGGCUUGUGCCUUAGACGACUGCUUCAUGUGCACGUCGGAAGAGUGUCCAAGCAGCGUCAAGAGGUCCGGCUUCCUCCCCGUGUUCCAGGGCCUCUCGUCCCCCAAACCCCACGAGGUCGAAAUCCCCCUCCCUGUCCACCUGGAUUUCCCCUCCUAUGACAGCCUCCCUGUCGUGGACGAUACUGGAGAGAACGAGGAGCCAGACGGCUCCUCUCGGCGCGCUUUGGAGAGGCCGUCGUGCCCUGCGCCUGCCGGACAGGCGGCCUUAAGCGAGCCCAGAGAGGAGCCCGGAGCCGCCGCUCCCGCCAUGGGCAGCGGGGGGAGCUUCCCCGCGUGGCUGCUGGUCUUCCUGGUCGUGCCGCCGAGGAUCGCGGACGCGGCGCCUUCCCAGGGAUCACUUCCUUCGCCUCUGGCUUGCAAGGACCUUCCCAGGUGGCUCAACAAACCGUCCCAAAGGUGCUGCUAUCGAUGUCCCAAAGCAUACAGCCAGAAGACAGAGUGCCCCACGGAUCUCGGUGGCUGCGAGAAGCGUCCGUGUCAGCCAGAUCACUACCUGAACGAGGCGGGCGCCACGCCACACUGUGAGCCGUGUGUGACGUGCAUGCCAGACCGCCACCUGGUAGAGAAGCUUCCUUGCUCACCUCAUGCCAACAGGGUGUGCCAGUGCCAGUCAGGGUGGUACUGUACCUUGCAAGCGAAGACCACCUGUGUUUUAUGUGUUCCACUGACCACCUGCAAGCCUGGCUUUGGAGUCAAGAAUGAAGGGACCUCCGACAGAGAUACCGUCUGUCAAGAAUGCCCUCCGGGGACUUUCUCGGAUCAGGAUUCAAGGACCCAAACCUGCAAGCCUCACACAGACUGUGCCAAGUUAAACAAGACCACUGUGAGCAAGGGGACGCCCACCCAUGACGAACACUGCCUGGGCCAGCCGGUGGGACAGACUGUGAUGCCAGUUGGCACGGCUGGCGUUCUCCUGGGCACUACGCCUGCCAGCAUCCUUGGCAGGACCACCAGUGGACGCAGUGACGAAUUCAACACCACCCACGUGGCUGGCGUGUUUCUUGUUAAAAAAACGCCGAGAGACAAUGUUGAUUUGGUUCUCUUGGGAGCCGGGCUGCUCUGUGUGUUGGUGCUGCUUGCCGGCUUGUUGAUGCUCCGAAGAAGGAGAGCUUGCAAGGCAUGGAUCGUCCCCCAAGGGGCAAAGUGUGAGCAAACCUUCUGCCACGUCUCUAACCAGGUGAAGAUUUGUGGAAAGCGGAUCAACGGCCUGAAUGCUGCAGAGAGCAGUCCAGGAGAAGGGGAUCCGAUGAACCCGGAACCCCUCGCAGAAGCCCCCGAAGAUGACAGCUCCUUGGAGACAGAAAGAGCUCCUGUCUUUGAUCCUGAUGGGGCCGAGCUGGUUCAGAUGGAUGGGGACGCGUUUGUGGAAGCUCCUCUGCACAACCACACCAGCAACCGGAUUGAAAAAAUAUACAUCAUGAGAGCCGAUACAGUGAUUGUGGGGUCCGUUUCGGAAGCGCCAUCUGGGAAGAUAUGCCCUGCCAGAGAGGAAGAUGGAGACUCUCGAACCCAAGAGGGUGUCGAGGGGGAGGAACUGGCAGUGCACUAUCCAGAACAGGAAACGGAAUUCUACCCAGGAAGUGACAUCACCACUCCAGUAGAAGAAGAGUGGGAAUUCUGCUAUUCCAGCGAGAAGCCUUUGGAUGUCUAGUUACGGAAGUGCAUACUCAGUUACUCAGUACAAAUCCACUUGUACAGCACUUUUAGCGUAAAAGGUGUUUGACAGCCAUUUGGAUGUUGCUCUCAUGAGAGCCUUGUGAGGUCACAUUAUGGAUGAAUUUACAGGGGGAACGGAUAGAUGUGCUCCAGAUGUGGAAAUGGGAGAUGAGUUGGCCAGCUUUGUACCCGUCUUUUUUUGUGGAAGUCUGUUCACGUUAGGGAUGCGGAAGAAAUUCAGUUCAGUUUGCAUUUAAAGCCAAAUUUAUCAAAUUGGCAUGUUCCGAAGCAAUGCAACAACCGUCCUUCAAAAUGUGCACUUAGCUGAAUUUUGCAAUGCAGUUCUCCAAUUAAGCAAUGUUUGCAAAACUGUGUAUAUUUGGGAAAAGGUUGCAUACAAAAGAAAAAAUACUAGUGGAAAUGACACACAAAAUGUUUUGAGUUCAGAGACAUUGCUUGCAAAAAUGUGUAUAUUAGUCAAAACUGCAUACAAACGUGCUUAAUAAGACCUUCUCACUAAAAUGCUGGAGAAUUUUCAUGAGUGUUUUUUUAAAGGGCAAAUUGCUGCAGACAUUUUGAAAAAUUACUGCAGAAAUGUUGAGUACUGAAUUUAAGAUGAGAAAAAGGAGAAACUGACAGAUCCUAGCUGACAAUGCUUU